CUCUUGUCCUUCGGUUACACUUGUACCCAGGGCCUUAUCGAGACCAUCAUAAUAUUCACUCGUGAUCCCGAGAAUCAUGACUAAUUUCGGUUUCCGGGAUAUGUACGUUUCAAAGUGCAGCUCUUCUUUUACUCGAAUAUUUGCGUUUUCAGGCAAGAACUUUUUAGAAAUUUAGUGCAGAUAUUUGGAGACUGUGCUUGGAAGAACUCAUUCAAAAUGAGACUGCAGUUAAAUGCAGUAAUUUUCAUAACUUUGAGCCUUGGAAAGUUACCCUUCAUAUCAUCGAGUAAGAACACGACGCAGACACAAAACGUUACUUUGGGUAUGUCAUUCACAAAUUUUGUCAACUAUGUCGUAAAGAAACAUGUGACUUUGUUCUCAUCUACCUAUAAGUAUCGUUUCUAAGCGAAAGUUAGCCGCUCUCAAAGAGCCGUUUAACAGUUUCGUUUCACUCAUCUCAGCGUGACAACCAAAACACAGCAUGUUCAAAUAUUGCUCGCAUCAGAACUCGAGGAGCAUGGUCACCGCAGGAUUUUUCCAUCCUUACUUUAAUUAAGUCUUUCUAUAUAAUUCGCACGUAUUUUCAGGCAUAAUCUGAGAAAGAGAAUAGAACUUUAAGUAUCCAAGUUCCAGGCACGAACGGUAACGACCGAACGACUGUCACGCAAGUUAGUACCUUUCAAUGCAAGUUCCAAGCCCUCAGUUAGUGGAAGAAUAAAGAAGCGUUGUUUCAAGUGUAACUCCAAUAUGUUGGGGAGAAGACCUGCCGACGUAAACGCGGCGAAAAAAACCCUUUUACUGCAAAAAAGGGCUAUCUACAUGAAAAAUAUAGAGGCGCGAAAAUGGGCCAUUAUUUACUCUCAAAGCUCUCGGAUUCAUCGCUCUUUACCUCUCCAAACCGAUCACGUGUGUCCACGGUCAAUUAAAUAUCAGGAUAUAUUUCCAUUCCAAAUUAAGUCUUCUCUUUGUUUAAAUGAAUCUCCACGUUAAGAUAGCCUGCGAGGUGACGAUGAAAGAUGACUUGGUAAGCUAACUACUUUCUGUUGUUUUCUCUUAGCGGAAUUGGAAAGGGUAGUCCGUAAAUUCUUCCAAAACCAACCUGAUGCAAGACGACGCCUUGGCAAUAAGACUCUGUUGCAGUAAGUUUCAAUGAAUUAUUACGAAGAUACUGGCAAUUAAGUUUUGAAAAGGCAAAAAUGUAACGGGCGACUGGUUAUGUUAACGUCGUUAUGUUAACCCUAUUGUGCGUCAUUUAUGGGGAUAGAUAUCGCUCAGUUUUGCUGACACUGCACUAUAGCACCACAGAGUGAGCAAGGUACAUAAUCAGUGUUCAUUAUUACUUUGGGGAAGAAUUUUUUUUCUUUUUUUGGGUCAAUAUCUUAUAAAACUUGACUAAUUAGAUACCAGGCUUUAAUCAUGAUAAGGUGUUUAGGGGCGUAAAAUUGCACAUAUCCUAUAUGAAUCAGACCAUGCCAGUUCUCUUAUUAGGGCUAUGUUAACAAUUCCUGCCUUCGUAAAUCAUCCCACAUGACUUAGUUCACGCAACAACCUAAGUCAUUUUUAAUGCACCUUUUGAAUCAGUCUUUACCGUAUCAUUUCUUAUUUAGGUUGAUUCAUUUGAAGAUAUCCAAGCCAAUAUAAUCCGGCACUGAAUGUUGAAGUUCCUUUCUCUAUAUUGAAUGCAGGGUAGCAGCGCUGCCAAAGGAAAACCAAGAAGAUGAUGAUAGUGACUCUUCGUCGACACCGAUAACGAACUCCAUAUCUACAGAGCCUCUGCAGAAAACAACUAACAAAACAGCAACAUCGAUGUCAAAAUCGACUAAUGCAAAACCAAGAAAAAAACCUGCAACAACAAAGUCUACGACAGCAAAAUCUGCAACUGCAAAAUCUACUUCUAUAAGAUCUACGACAGCAAAAUCUACUACGGCAAAAUCUACUACUGCAAUACCAACGACCAGUAGGCCAACGACUAAAACAGAAGUAACUACAAUAGCAGCGACCACAGGAACGAUUCCAACGACUGUAGAAGCAACAAUCGCAGAACCACCGACUACAAAAUCGUCGACUUUAAAACUAACGACUACAAAAGAAACGACUGCAAAGGCAUCAACCACAAAACCAUCGACUACAAAAUCAAAGACUAAACAAAAGACUGCCGAAGAAACCACUGAAAAAGCAACGAAUGCAAAAAAUACGCCAAAACCUGUGAUUACAAAAGCAAAGAAUACAACAGAAUCGACAACAAACACCACACAGACAGGUAUGAAUCAAUAAGUACAUCGUAACUACUGGAGAAAUUACUUACUACGUAGGUUACUUUUAGCAAACGUGCAUUCGCGCACCAGCCCAAAUAAAAUGAUUGUUGAGCAGAACCUUUUAGUGAUCGGAUGGUACGUGAUAUCCUUGAUUUGAACCGCAUGGAUAUAUAUGUUGUGGUACAAUUUUAUCCUCAGUUCAAAUUUUAUUUUCUUUUGUUUUCGGGUAUUGUAAUGUAUGAAAACGAAUUUGGAACAAAAGGAAAAUAAAAUUUGAACCAAGGAUAAAAUUGAACCACAGCAAAUGUCUGUACCCUAUAAAUUAUUUUUUCAAGCUUUCCGUAACAAAAUUAAAUUAGGACAUCCGUAUUUAAAAAAAAUUUAAAAAAUCCUUCAUGAAGUGUAUUUUACAUAUAAUCAGGAAAAGACAAACGCUCUCUGAAUGUUUUUUUCCCCAUCUUGUAAAUUUCGAAUUCAGUUUUCCUGAGACUCAUUUUUUUUUUCUUAUUUAAGGCAAAAGCAAUUCUACUAACCACAGUCCCAGUGUUAAUCCUGGAAGGUAAGACAACUUUAAUCAUAGAACUUGUUUUAGUUUACUUUAGUUCCUAUUCUUCUUUUCUUCUGUUCUCAUUACAAAUCUUUUCUCACUUCUCUUAUUUUGCUUUGCCAUAUAUUCUCUUCUUUUAGUUUUUUUUUCUGUUCUCCCUCGCUUUCUUAAUUUUUUGCUUUUUGUUUUUCCUAAUCUGCUCAAAUUCAAAAGAACCUCACAGAAAGAGAUAACUUUCUCAGUUGAGCUAGUUGACUUAAUUUCUCAAACUUUGUCAUUGUUUGUUUACAUUAAGUAUUCUGACAACCAAAUGCUAGAUCAAUAAUAUCUUAUCUCUGAAUUUAUGGCUAUUUUCACUCUCAGUGGACUAUCUCAGCUGAUAAAGCAUAGAGUAAGCUUUCCAGUGCUUUUUAUGGUGAUGUUGGUUUUCAUAGUGGUAGUCUACUUUGGAUAUCACAACAGAAACAAGGUUUGUUCAAACAUGGUUUUCAUGUUCAGUCAUUUUUUUGUUUUGAUUAAACAUGAAAAAUCUAUUUUCAUGAUUUGUUCUGAAGACCUGACAAACUGAGACUGUUUAAAAGGUAAACAAAAAUUUUCAAUGCUCUGUGACUGAUUAAGAAGAAAAUUCUUCCAAGCUCUGCAAAAGGUUGAAAUGAUAUCUUUCCAGAGCUCUGUGAUUUUUUUUAUGACAAUAAUUCUGUAGAGAUCUGCGAUUGGAUAAAAAAAAAGAUUAAUCAAAGGUAUUGCUCAAGAGGGACAAUCUAAAGAACUCUGUGAUUUGUCCAAAUGGAAACCCUUAAAAGAGAUCUGACAAAGGUUACAAAUAAAGGAAACUUGAAGAGAAAGGUGUGCAGAGCCUUGGAAUUGAUCAAAAGAAAACUUGCAGAGCUCUACAAUCAGUUUAAACUGGAAAAAGCUGUAGAUCUUCUAGAAUAGACAGCUCAAAACUGACAAACUCAUGCCACAUACCUUCAAUGGUCACCAAAACCAAUUGAAACCUGACUGAAAGCUUUGCUUAUGCUUUCAAUUCGCUUUGUCUGGCAUUGUCCCAUCACUUAUGUUGGUUUGCCUUUUUCCCUUGCUUUGCAGAUCAAUCACUUUUUAAAGGAAGGCUUUGUCAAAGCAAAAAAGGGAGGUAGUGGUUACCUUAAAGUCAAAGUGGAAGAUGGCGACUACAUUGAGCUACCUCGUGAUGCAAACAGACAAUAUGUUUAUUGAACUGAAAAUGCUGUAUCCUGUGACUUGUGCACAAGUAAUCAUUGGUGAUAUUAAAUUUACCCAUCAGACGCUACUUCUAAAUGGCAGUUGAUUACACAAGCAACCACAUGAGCACACUCUAUUCAAGAGUAUAAUUUUCAUUCAGCCAAGUGUUACUCAAAAUAAGGAAACUGUAACAGCCUUUGGUAUUGUUUACCUGCUUAGUUAGGAAUUGUAUAUUUUCUUGUAACAAUUUUUGUUUUUCUCCUCUGGAUUACUACUUUUGAAAAGGGUCUAUUUGAUCUGCUCAUGACAUUGAUAGGUUUACAUGGAGUGGUAUGUGGGUUGCGGUAUGUUUACACUUCAAACUGUGUGACUCUAUGCAUUUGUAGUAGGCCAUCAUACUUAAAUAAACUAAUUAAAGUAAAUAAUAUGAAGACAGCAUUAGAAACCAUCUUUAAUUGGCCUUAAGAGGAUGUUCAAUUACUUAUUACAGUUACAUACAGAUUUUGUGUUACCAUCCUAAAAAUGAAGCUCAAAAGUUGAUCUUCAUUCAAUUUUUUAGCAGUUAGGUAAAAAACUCCUGUAAAUCAUUUUGUAUCAGGAGCAAAUCAAUAUUUUUUAAAGGAAAGUCAAAUGGAUUUUUAAAAGUAAGUCACACCCAUAUAGAAAAUCUGCAGUUUGUCCAAAAUAGGAGUUUGUAUGUUCAUUUUACAUAGUUUUACA